GACCUGAAAUUAUUUAUAGUACAACGAUACAGAAAAACAAGCGACCAAACAAUCAAUUAUAAUCAAUUUACAAGAGUAUUAUAUAGUUUUUCAUGAUAGAUUCGCAAGGCGAAUUGUUUGAAACACGAGAUUAUCGUUCAAUUGAAAUCUAUAAUUCUUCAAACAGAGAUAUGGAUUUCGAAGUUUUAAUCGAUUUUCAUAAAUUGUUGACCGAAUCAACAACCAAUUAACGCGAAACGGAACGAUGACAUUGGUGGUGUCAUCGAUAAUUAAAUAUAACGGAAUAACCGAAAUUUUGCAGGUUAUCCUUUCAGUUAAUUUACAAAGUGACAAGAAGGAACUUUUGAUGGGAUAUUCGUGAUCGUGUAUUACAGUGAAUCGAGUUACAGUUCACGUUAUUCAUUGUCAUGCGCAGACGCGAUCCUUUCGUGCGACGAGUAGGCUAGAUUUGAUUAUCGAAAGCGAACGAUUUAUUCGAUAUUUUGAAAGAGUAACACGGGAGUGACGCGCGGGAACGUGAUUACUUUUGUAUGUUAUGACUGGCGUAUUUUUCACGCGGCAGAAGGAGGGGAACGAUGCAAGGUGGUUGCCGUUGAUCGUUGGAGUUCGAGAAAAACGUGAAAAUCACGAGGAAGAGGGACGGUCGGUGAAAUUCGGUGGCGGUGGGCCACAGGCUCGAUUGUCGGUGAUUGGCGCGGGAUACGCCGGCACCGGAAGUGCUAAAAUGCCCCGUAGCCUGCCGACUAGACGAGGUCUUCAGGCGUUGGCACUUGUUCUCGCCACUGCUUAUGCUACCAUUCUUCUUUAUCAGGCUGUUGCACCCCGUCAGUGGGUCGACGAGAUGACGGUGGAAGUGAACAGUAGGAGCGUACUGGUGGAAGUACCAGCUUCGAGGAGGAUGCUGAUCAACGAGGAAUCUUCGGUGACACCCGCGAUCGCGACUGCGACCAUGGCACCGUUCACCACGAAUCUCGACGAUGUGUUCAUCAGCGUGAAAACUACCAAGCAUUACCAUCACUCCCGUCUGCCAGCUAUCAUCAGCACGUGGUUUCAAUUCGCUAAGGAUCAGACUUGGUUCUUCACUGACCGGGACGAUCCCUACUUUCAGAAUCAGACCAACGGCCACAUGAUCAACACCAAGUGCUCGUCCUCGCACAACAGGCGGGCCCUCUGCUGCAAAAUGUCCGUCGAGUUCGACAGGUUCCUCGACAGCGGCCGGAAGUGGUUCUGCCACUUCGACGACGAUAAUUACGUGAACGUGCCACGCCUGCUGAAGCUUCUGGAUAACUACAAUCCACGGGAGGAUUGGUACCUGGGAAGGCCCUCGAUACCCGCACCCUUGGAGAUCAUCAGACAGGGCCCGGAACCUUCCAAGCGGCCGCAAAAGGUGAAAUUCUGGUUCGCUACGGGCGGUGCCGGAUUUUGCAUCAGCAGGGCACUCGCGAUGAAAAUGACUCCGGUUGCUGGAGGCGGGAAGUUCAUCACGGUGGGCGACAGAAUUAGGUUGCCCGACGACGUGACGAUGGGAUACAUUAUCGAGUAUCUGCUGAAAAAGCAGCUCACAGUCGUAGAGCAGUUCCAUUCUCAUCUGGAACCGAUGAAGUUCCUCAACAAGGACACCUUCGGCGAGCAGGUGUCGUUCAGCUACUCGAAAGGUCCGAGGGACGAGUGGAAUAUUCUAAAGAUCGACGGUUUCGACAUGAAGGACGAUCCGAAAAGAUUCAGGUCGAUCCACUGCCAUCUGUUCCCACACGUACCCAAUUGUCCGCACAGAUGAUGACCAGCCGGACAAACCGAAUCGUAACAAGAAGAGAAAUGCGCUCGAUCUGCCGUUGCAUCAACGGUCGGUUGUUGGUUGGCCAUUGAGAUCGGCCCUCGUCUCGACCUAGUAUCGUUGUAAUUUGUUAUCUCGUAGUAUUUCUUUUUGUUGCGAUAUUUUGUACAUAGGUGUAGAUACGCGUCUACGUGGCUCCGUCGACGUUUAUGAGUCAGGCAGGAACGUUUUAACGACAACGUUUUUCAUAUUUUAGAAGACAUAUUUCCCUUGCAGAUGCAAAUACCAGGGAGUUUCCUUUUCUUUACUUUUUUUUUUUUACUGUGCUGUGAUUUGUACAUUUCAAUCUCCAGUUGUUGUUAUCCAUCGAGAAACUUUCGACAAAGUGUUGAGCACAGAGCGGGGCGAGUGAAUGAAAAUUUCAGAGGUAAAUGAUAGGACAGAAAAAAUACGAUAAUUUCGUGAAAUAAAAUUCACUGGAUCACUGAACGGACGUUAUACUAUAAUACAGGUAAGUAAUUAUCGGUAACGCGGUGAAAAGUACGUGGUAUGAAAGUUGCCAGUACUCGGGGAAUAUCAAUUUUAGAUUUUCUUUCGUUCGUGUACCUUCGAAACGAGAAAUCACGCGUACUAUUAGGUCGUCCGAAAAGUUUCUUUCGUUUUAUAAGGAAAUAAUGGAUGCGCAAUAUUUUCCGUUUUACAUUAUUUUAUCGAACUGCGUAUGAUCCAUUCUGUUCUAUCAAACUAAGGAUUACAACGUGCGACAGAACUUGAAGAUGCGUUGUUGUGAAAGAAGUGUCGGUAAAAGAAAGAAACUGAUAUUUAAUAACUGUACUCUCGUAUUUUGCCGAAAUAUAAAAUUUCUAUUAUUGGAUGAGUGUAAUCAGGCAUCGACGAUUAACGAAAUAGCGCAGCAUGGUUAGGUAUACGGUUGUUACGCUUUAGAAACGACGAAGGAUGAUAAAAGAACGCUGAGCUUCCCUCGAAAGUUAAAACACGCGCAAAUAAUCAUUAGAUUACGGAUACCUAUGCGAAUUCACAUUUCCGUGAAAAUAUUUGGAAGCUUUUAAGCUACUUUUGCGAAGAACGCUAUUUUCCACAUUUUACACGUCUUUGCACGAUACAUAUUCUACGCAAUUUUUCACCAAUGUAAUUUCCUACGAAAUGCAUAAACAUCCGCAGUCUACGCGUUAUUGCGCUUCUUUGCGAUUAGCAAAAGCAACGAUUUUUUGUUGCUCGUUCCAGUAACAACGGCGCAAGUUAUCGAAAGGAUAUCUUUUCUUUAAUUCAACAGUCCGUCGUCCAAGUUUCGUUCCUGUAGUCUCGUACUUGCGUAUACUUUCGCAUAUUCUACCAACGAAUAUCAAGAGAGGCAAAAAGAAGUUGGUUUUAAUAUUUUAGAUUUUUCGCGGGGAAACAUUUCUCUUAUCGUUCGUGGAGUUUAUUGUAUUGCCGCUGUAUAUAAGGAGUAUAUAUUUGAUGUUUGUAUAUAUGGAAAUUAUUAAAUGGAACACCCGGAGUUAUCGUUGCAAGUUGGAACGUUUCCGACGACGCGGCUGGAGCAACGAGGAAUUCUUCGUUUUUGGGAUCCGCGUGGUCGAAAGCGGUGAAACUUCCAUCGUGGAAGAUCCAUUCGAUCGAUAACGCUGGGUGAAUUGGUUGUACCAUAUGAUAAGAGAGUAUUUGGCGACAUUCUCGUCGUCGCGUGACGGAAUUACCUUAAGCUAGUCUCCCGUGUAAAGAAGCAGAUGGUCGUACCAUGUGAUAUUUAAUGGGUGUGAGUGGAUUCGUGUUUCUGUGCCCGGUUCUGCGUUAUGUAAGUUCGGGAAAAAUCGGAUGCAAUCUUCGUUGUUUCGAAUAGCCAGCGUUCCUUCUUUGUUCGAAAGACGAGGAGACAAAGAAACGUGGACAACGAGUAGAAUUCAGUUUCAAUUUUUAUCCAUUUAACCGCUUGCCUCGUCACUACGAUUAUUUACGCCGAUUCGUAUUUUUACAAACAGCUGAUGGAAGAAAGAAAGGAAAUUUUGUUUCGUCUGUUAACACUUUACCGACCGCUAGCGAUUCAACAGCAUAUGCACGUCCGACCGGCAGCUCAGGCGCAGAUUCUCCCUGGCGCCGGCUCUCUUUCGGUUUCGACUCUCCAAUACUAUUCUUUUUAUUCAUCGCAAAGGGUACGUUUUUCAAAUUAGUAUAAAACUGUGGGAGCUUACAAAGCAACGCAACUGACGCAACCGAGCAAGAUAUCUUAGUACCAAAUAACAAAUUACUGUUCAAAUAAUGAGAAAAAUUGUCGGCGACAAAAAGUCGAUUAAUAGGCUAUCGGUUGAUAAGCGUUGGCAACGAAAAGCCGAUUAAUAGGCUAUCGGUUGGUAAGCGUUGGCGACGAAAAGCCGAUUAAUCGGUUAUCGGUCGGUAAAGUAUUAAAUAUUAUAGCCGGUUUUCAUCGAAUAUUUUAUACGCAUAAUUCUACCUAUUUUACGAAUAGUUCAGCACAUUCGAAUUUUUCAAACUUCGUAACAGGGAUUACAAUUUCUAUCGCGUGGAAAUUACGUUUCGGCUUUAACGUCCACUUUCGUUUUACGAUUCGUCGCAAUACAAAUCGCAAUUUGUAAGAUUUUCAUGCGAUAUCGUAGAAUUAUUGAAUGUAAUACGCGCGAUGUCAGAGCAAAUUGAAGAGCAAAUACACGUUGAUAAUUAUUAAAAGAAUCAUGAGGCAAGAGUUCGAAAUUAUCGAUAAAAUAAUCAUUCGUUCGAUCAGUUGUUUGUCGGCUACAAAAAUAACAAUGAUAGCAAAAAAUAUGAUCCAAAGAUAGAUCGUUUAAAUACAAGUGGUAAAAAACAAUUUCAUUGUCCUCGAUUUUCUCGUUCUCGUUUUGCGAGCUAUUGAUCCAAUCAGUGUGCAAUAUCGCGAGGUAUAUAAAGAGAGAAAGGAGAGAGAGAGAGAGAGAGAGAGAGAGAGAGAGAGGAAGAAAAUAGUAUUCGCGAACCGACGAGCAACAGUCGGAUUAAUUGUUCUUUCCGGCGUUGUAUUACGUAGUGCACCUGUUGCGUUCGAGCAUUGGGAAAAAAAGAUCGGGCUUUUUGACGAAUGGAAUUGGAAAACAUGGCGGAUGUACGAUUACGUACGUUGUAACAAUGAAGUUUUAUAUAAUACACUGUAUCUAUUAUACGGUA